CUGUGUGAGGUCCUCCUCUCUGCCAGCCUCCCCCAUGUCUAACCUUCCUGACCCCCCUAGCAUCAGAAGACUAUGUCUGCCAGUUACUGUACCCAUGUUCACAGACAAGAAAAAAAAGACAUCCCAAUCAAGUGAAGCCACUGUGGCAGUUCCAUCAGCUGAGCCUCCACCCCCCAAAUCUGCCAGGAUGGAGGCGCCUCCAUUCACUGCCAUCAAGCUGGCACCUGUGCAACCAGUUAAAACUGAUAAGAAAACUAAUCAGACUGCAGCAAAAACCCAAGCAUCAAAACCCAACAUGGCACAUGACAAGAAGAAAACCAAUCCUCUACAGCCAAAGGCCGUGGAACUGAUGAGCACUUGGUUUAAAAGCCAUAUGGAGAACCCAUAUCCCAGCAGAGAGGAGAAGGAGUGGAUGGCUGAUAAAGGAAAUAUUAGCAUUAAUCAGGUGAAUUCUUGGUUUGCCAACAAACGAAACCGCACCAAUACAACUCGUCCCAAGAAGGCAAAGAGGCAGAUAGAGAGUCAGAUCUCCUCCCUGUGCAAUGAGCUGAUGCAUCCAAACAAGAAACCAAACAUGGACAACAGUUAUGUUAUUGCUCAAUUGAGCAGCAUCUUGACUCAGACUGGCACUAAAAAAAGACAUUCAAGAUCCAAGAAGAAGGCUCCAGAAGAUCCCUCCAAGCUUGUUCCUGUUCCUCUUGGUCCCAUCCCUGUCCCCAUGUGGGCUCAGCCAUUAGCUGCCCUGCCACCUGGUUACAUGUAUACGGCUCCCAAUGUGUUCCAAGCACCCCAGGUUUCUGCCACCAGCUCUGCCUCCAGUCUUCAGCAGCCAUCUUUACAGAGAAGUGUCAAGACCAGAUCCAAGGUGGCAGCAGGUUCCUCUACAAGACAAGCCCAAUCAAGAGCUGCGGACCAGUUUGCUGCAGCCAAUAUGCAGCAACUAUUACAGCUUAGACACUUGCAAGCUCAAGUGCCACCCUUCAGAAAUACAUUUAGACACCAAAUUCCUCUGUCCAGCAGACCAGAGGAUGCUUUGAGAUCUGAGUCUUAUGUGGGGUCAGGUAAUGGGGUCAAUGAAGGGGCCCUGAACCUGCACCAAAAGUCUCAGAAGUUGGAUCAAGCACAGAAUUCCCCCGGACACACUGGCCAACUGAGGAGUGCUAGAGGCUCUCCACAGAAAGGAGGACAGAAAACCAGCUCUGUGAGGAAUUACGCUGACAGCGCCGAGUCUUCUGCCGUGCCAGAAAUGUCUACAAUCACCAUUAGUCAGGGCCAACACGAGGAGACUAUAAACAUCACCGCUGUUUCUCUGACUGAUGUCACUCUAAAUACUUCCACAUGUGCCGAUGUCUUUACCUCUGGGUCUGCGGAAGCCAAGAGUGAAGUAGAAGUGACGUCUACAGCAGAUGUGCCCAAGUCUUCUGAUGUGGCAACACCUUGCUCUGCCAACACUUGCCACACUUCAGAUGAUGAUAAAACUUCCAAAUGGUGAUCCAUGGAACUAGUCUAAUCUGAAUGGAAGGAUUCUAAUUUUGUCUUAAUUUUCUGUGUCAUUAUUCUGAACUUAAAAUUCAAGAGAGAUUUUCUUGAAAAAAA